AUGUCAUCUGCGAAGGAUUAUAUCUUGAAAAUUGAACCUACAAUUGAUGUAAAUGAUGAGGAGGCUAUAAAAUCAACCAACAUUUUAAAAUUCUCAUUAUACCAUAGAAAACAAUCACUACUUUUCAGAUUGAAACCACUAUUGAUGAUGUUGAGCUUGACUUUGCUGGUUGUGUUUCUAAUAUUGAGAAGGAAUUCAAUCUUUCAAUUGCAUCAACUUGACGUAUUUUCAUUGAUAAUCUUAUUGUUGAUCAUGAUAUCAUUUUCAUCUAUUCAAGAACCUAGUGAUUCCUUAACAAUAAUCAAAGGUGUAGGAGCUCAAUUAGACUCAACCAAACUAUGGUCAUUUCAAAACCUGAAUACAUUUAUACCUAUCAACAAUAUGAUUGAUUUAGUAAUUCAUGAAGGGUUUCAUGGAUAUGGACAAGUUAUAUUUUAUUUAUGUUUCUUAUGUAAAUCAAAUUUGACUGAUAAUGAAGAAAAUGAUUAUGAUAGUAACAAUGAGAAAAAUGAUAAUAAUGAAAUUAUAAAAAUUGUGUUUAAAGAAUUUUUACCUAGAAAAGAUGUUUUGUUAAAGGUUAGGAAAUUAAGUAGAAAAGUGUUGUUUGAUGAAGCUCAAAGGUAUAGUGCUAGAGUUAUAGAUGAAAACAAUCAACCAGAACACAUUAUAUAA